AGGCUCGACCUGUGGGUCCAACAGCGGCAGCCUCAGCACUUGUCUUUGGGCGUGCUUCGGCAAAUUCUCCAUCUACGUGGACUACGAAGACCUGCGCGGGCUCAUCGAAGGCUUUGGCAGCGUAAGUGGGGCCCUCGACCGCGCUGUGCUGUUGCUCCUGCCACUGUUUUGGCCGAGCGUGUUGCAUCUUACAAACGGUGUUGUUGUUGUUUUCUCCCUGGCAGUUUGAGGCACUGGACCUAAUGAGCGCCUCACAAGUUGCUCAGCUGACACUAAACUCGGGCGCGCUGAACAACGCGGAUCUGAUCGGCCUGGUCUUUGACCGCCUGGACGCCGGCAAUGCUUUCCGGGAUGUUGACGAGUUCCUGGCAGCUCUGACCCGGACACCGCAGGCUGUGGACAUCAGUCCUGUGGUGAGGGACAUCAUGAUGAAUCAGGUCUUCGCCGUCAUCAGCCCUCAUUUGGAAGACUUCGGGAGCCAAGAGUGGGUUUCCUGGUUCACCGUCAAACUGACUCCCCUCCUGCCCAGCCUGACUCCAGAGAUGCUCCAGACGGUAACAUCGAAGGCGGACUGCGACGCGUACCACGUCAUCGUCGGGGCCCUGAGCAGCGUCUUCGAGCAGCUGACCUCGCAGAGACAACGGGAGCUCGCCCCAGUCUUGUUGGCCUACCUGAAGCAGAGCAAGGCAUCGGGCUCGACCUGUGGCUCCAACAGCAGCAGCCUCAGCACGUGUCUUUGGCAAUGCUUUGGCAGAUUCUCCAUCUACGUGGAUUACGAAGACCUGCGCGGGCUCUUCGAAGGCUUUGGCAGCGUAAGUGGGGCCCCGCCACGCCGUAGAGUGGCUCCUGCCACUGUUUUGGGCAAGCGUGUUGUUUCUCACAACCGGUCUUGUUGUUGGUUUCUCCCCUGCAGUUUGAGGCACUGGACCUUCUGAGCGCCUCCCAACUCGCUCAGCUGACACUAAGCUCCGGCGCGCUGAACAACGCGGACCUGAUCGGCCUGGUCUUCGACCGUCUGGACGGCGACAACGCUUUCCAGGACGUCGACGGAUUCUUGGCAGCUCUCACCCGGACACCGCAGGCUUUGGACAUCAAUCCUGUGGUGCGGGACAUCAUGAUGAAUCGGGUCUUCGCCGUCAUCAGCCCACAUUUGGAAGGCUUUGGGAGCCAAGAGUGGGUGUCCUGGUUCACCGUCAAACUGAU